AUGCGGUCCAAGGGGCCGCUCCAGUCCGUCCAGGUCUUUGGGCGAAAGAAAACUGCCACCGCUGUGGCCCACUGCAAGAGAGGCAAUGGGCUGAUCAAGGUAAACGGAUGCCCACUGGAAAUGAUUGAACCUCGAACCCUGCAGUACAAGCUGUUGUCACCUGUCCUCCUCCUGGGCAAGGAACGGUUUGCUGGCGUAGAUAUCCGGGUCCGAGUGAAAGGAGGAGGCCAUGUCGCUCAGAUUUUUGCUAUCUGGCAGUCCAUCUCCAAAGCCCUGGUGGCCUAUUAUCAGAAAUAUGUGGGGGGUGGCUAG